UAUCUUCCUUGAUUUGGUCUCACUUAAGAAAUAAAAUAAUAAUAGCCCUACUAUUAGUAACAAUGAUAAUAAUAGAGUGACUGAACAUUUUGCAUUAGUGCUUAUGCAUGUUUUUGUUUAAUGAUUCAUAAAUUGCCUUCAGACAACGUAUCGGUUAUCUUGGCUCUGCCCUAGACAGGUGUGUCUCAAGUCUGUCUCCCACCUGUUCGUUUUAUUAUUCCUCUGCAAAUAAUCGCAGAAAUAUUGUUCACCUUUUACUGUUUGUUUGAGAACAAACUUUAACGUUGCCAGACCCAGUUAAGAAGUCAGUUUCUUUUGCUCAUGAGAGAGAAAUCCAUUUUCCACUGGCAGAAGCGGUGGAGAUCCGUGAAUGGAUGACAACAUAUCUGACAAUUUGAACAUGUAUAACAAUAUUAAUCAUUAAAAACUGCUCCAAAAAUAAUAGAUUCUGAAUAACAAAUAAAUACACUUGGGGGAAAUUGUCAAAAAAUCUCUUUAAAUCCAAGCUCAACAGUAGCUUAAUCUGCAAAUGAACAGUUUUGUCAUGCGUAGUUGUUUCUUUAUUUUAUGGGAAACUUUAACUUACAGAAAAGUCACCCUGCUAUUUUUAACAGGUUCAUCUCGAAGCUUUUCAAACAUACAAGCCACGCUCCUAAAUGAUUAAUACUUUCGACUACCCUCUGUGUGAAGAUAAUAAUAAGGUCGUGAUUGAGUUACAAUGCACAAUGGAAGAAAAAAGUCGAGCUUUGUCUAAUUGUUCUUUGACAGGGUCAGAGGGGUUGUGCGAUUGGCUGCUGCCUCCUGAGGCUGCGGGGCUGUCAGGGCUGUUGCAGGGUCGGGAGUGACACCAAGGUGACUCAGGGGGGAGGUUGUAUAAAAUGCUGGCGCGAUGCAAACCACUUCAGAGACGAGGGCAUCAACCAGAGUCUUCUGCGUGACCUUUCCCUCCUGUGCACUAUCCCACAGCCCUCAAUGAUGACUGCAAUAGCAGAGCUCUCAAGCUGGGCAGAGUACCCGGAGGAUUUCACACUGCUGCAGCAGCGCAGUCUGGCCCACAUCAACUCCAAAAGUUGGAUUUCUUCUAAUUCGUUCCGUGCGCUCUCUAGGAGGGACGCACUCGGCUCUGCAGACCCGGGCCUCUCACUGGAGCAACUUGUGCCAACGAGUAAACUGCCUGACGCUGCAGACAACACAAAAACAGACUCUAACAUGGCAGCAGAGGGGGGCAAGACGGGCCACUUUGGCCCCCAGAAAUACAGGCGCGUUGCAGCCAACGCCAGGGAGAGGAGGAGGAUGCACGGCCUGAACAAAGCGUUCGACGAGCUGAGAAGCGUCAUCCCGUCUCUGGAAAACGAGAAAAAACUGUCUAAAUAUGACACCCUCCAAAUGGCACAGAUAUACAUCACGGAGUUGUCUGAGAUCCUGACCGGUGUGGUUCACCCGGAGUGCAGGAGCCCCCGUCCAAGCGAGACUUCCAGGAGGAAUCUGAUUCACUCCCUGCAGGAUCCGAACCCACUAACAGGAGAGCAGCGGGACCCUACCGCCGCUGUCGGUCACCUUAUCAUACUUGGACAUAAAUCUGACCUGGGGACAGGAAAUAAAACCACAAGCUCUUCUCACAGCAGUGAUGGAGAAUCUUCUCAUCUCAGUGACAUGGAGGAAAGUCAUAGUGGAAGACAGUAACUGAGAACAAAUAGACACAACUAACUGUCAGUUUCUAUCAAAGGAAGUACCAGGAGAGCCAUAUAUUACAGCUUGUAGAAUUGUUGAUCAUGAGAUAGUCAAAUUCUCCUGUCAUAGCUGACUGUAGAUGUUGCUCUGCCAAAUGAAAAAACGUCCAGGGAAAACACAAAUACAACCACUAAGAUGUUGAAUUUAUUCUCUCUCAAGGCCAAGUUGAACUCUUACAG